GCUGGCCCGUUUGUGAAUGAGCUGCAGAGCAGCGCUCACCUCUCAGAGUCCCAGCCAAGCCCAGGAGCGGAGCGCGAGAGGAAGAAAAGUUUGCCAAAUGGAUAUCUUUACUGGAGUCAGACCUUUAUUAUUUUCAUAUGUACUCAUUAACGGCAUAUUCAUUACUUUACAGACUAAAGAAGAGGUGCUUUUGGACAUGAGGGCAACAGGAGGUGAACUGGGCUGGUUGACAUUGCCCUUAGAUCAGGGUGAAAAACCUGGGUGGGAGGUCACCCAGAGGACCCUGAACGGCUCCCAGUUUUAUACCUACUCGGUCUGCAAUGUUGGGGAACGUGAGCAGGACAACUGGCUGCGCACCACUUUCAUUCAGCGGCGUCCAGCGGCUUCGCGAGUUUUUGUUGAACUCCAGUUCAUCGUACGCGAUUGCAACUCUUUUGAUGCCAUUUCGCUGACCUGCAAAGAAACCUUCAACCUCUUCACAUCUGAGUCAGACGCCGAUGUAGGCACCACCUUCCGCAAGGGCCAGUUUAAGAAAGUGGCCACCAUAGCACCCGACGAGAUCACCAGCAAAAAUGAACUGCGCAUCAACACUGAGACACGAGUGGUGGAGAACCUGUCUCGAAAAGGCUUCUAUUUGGCUUUUCAAGACAACGGAGCCUGCGUCGCGCUUCUGUCCACCAGGGUCUACUACAAAACUUGCCCAGCCACAGUGAAAAGCCUUGCGUCAUUCCCCGAGACUGUGGCCGGAGGUGAGAACCAGGCGCUGAGGGAAGUGAGCGGGGUGUGCGUGGAUAACGCCGUCAGCGAGGAGUUGCCCCGCAUCUACUGCACUGUGGAUGGGGAGUGGGUGGUACCAGUUGGACAGUGCCAGUGCAAACCAGGUUAUGAAGAAGUCAAAGAUGCAUGUCAAGAAUGUCAGCCUGGCUUCUUCAAAGCUGUAGCAUCCGGUGACAAGUGUGAGCCAUGUCCUGCCAACACCCAAAGGCUUGGCUCUGGUGCUUUGUUUUGUCCCUGCAUGGAUGGCUUCUACCGGGCCCCAACUGACCCAUCUACUGGACCCUGCUCAGGCCUCCCCUCUGCCCCACGAGACCUCGUCGCCACCACCACCCAGCUCUCUGCAGGAAAACUCCUCCUCACCUGGAGCCCGCCUGAAGACACCGGAGGUCGAAUCGACAUCACCUACAGCAUUGAAUGCCAUCGCUGCGAGGGCUUUGUGUGCCAGCCCUGCGGAGAAAAAAUCCGCUACGAGCCGGCCAGCAUGGGUCUGACCGACACAAAGGUUUCAGUGAGCGAAUUGGAUGCUCACCUCAACUACACCUUCGUUGUGGCGGCUCACAAUGGCGUGUCAAUGUUUGCUAGUCAGGCAACACCACGGGCUUAUAGACCCCCAUCCACCAGCGCUCUAACUACAUCACUACACUACACAGACCCCCCCAAGAUAACCACGAUGCGACUGGUUGAGAGGACCUCCACCAGCUUGUCCCUUUCCUGGGACGUAUCCCCCAGACUACGGGUGCCUCAAACACAAGUCUGGCCCAUCCGUUAUGAACUUACUUUCCGCAAGAAGGAUGAUAACCUGGAUGUGACUACCUACAUUGUGCUGAAACUGGAAAAGAAUUUUGUGCAGAUCAGCGAUCUGUCCCCGGGUACGGCCUACCUGUUCAGGGUGCAGGCCCUCAGCAGCGAUGGCAGCCCUGGAGGCUCCAGCAUAGAGGAACAGUUUGAGACCUCGUCUGAAGGACGCCUUACUCAAAACAACCCGGCAGUCAUUUUCGGCGCAGCAAUCGGAGGAGCGGCCAUGUUGUUUGUAGUGGUCGUGAUCCUGUUCCUAUACAGACGGAAAAGGAACUCUAACUCCAGGCAAGGACCAGAGGACACCUACUUUUCCAGCUCAGAGCAAUUGAAACCUCUGAAAACCUACGUGGAUCCACACACAUACGAGGACCCCAAUGUAGCUGUCCUGAAGUUUGCCACUGAAAUCCACCCAAGCAACGUAACCAAACAAAAAGUCAUUGGAGCUGGGGAGUUUGGUGAGGUGUACCGUGGCAUUUUGAAGGUGCCGUCAAGGAAAGAGUUGGUAGUUGCUAUCAAGACGCUGAAGCCAGGCUACACGGAGAAGCAGAGACAGGACUUUCUAAGCGAGGCCUCCAUCAUGGGCCAAUUUUCCCACCAGAACAUUAUUCGCUUGGAGGGGGUGGUCACCAAAUGUAAGGAUUUCUGUGAGUUUUGUUACUUUUUUUAUUUUUAUUUUUUAUUAUUCACAAAUUUUUUAAAGGUUUUUGGGCCAGUUCAGGGACAAAAUAUGUUCUAUUGUGUGUAUGUGUGUGUGUGUGUAGUCAAACAUGCCAUGAUCGUGACUGAAUACAUGGAGAACGGAGCACUGGACAGGUAUCUUAAGGACCACGAUGGCGAGUUUCCUUCCUUCCAGCUGGUAGGCAUGCUGCGCGGCAUCGCUGCAGGCAUGAAGUACCUCUCUGACAUGAGCUACGUCCACCGUGACCUAGCUGCCCGCAACAUCCUGGUCAACAACACCCUGGAGUGUAAAGUGUCAGACUUCGGCCUGUCCCGGGUGCUGGAGGACGAUCCUGAGGGGACAUACACCACAAGUGGAGGUAAGAUCCCUAUUCGCUGGACGGCUCCUGAGGCAAUAGCAUACAGAAAGUUCACCUCAGCCAGCGAUGUGUGGAGUUUUGGCAUAGUCAUGUGGGAGGUCAUGGCCUUUGGCGAAAGGCCUUACUGGGAUAUGAGUAACCAUGAGGUGAUGAAAGCUAUCAACGAGGCUUUUAGGCUGCCUGCGCCGAUGGACUGUCCGUCAACUGUUUAUCAGUUGAUGCUGCAGUGCUGGCUCCAGGAUCGCUCUAAGAGGCCGCGCUUUGGAGACAUUGUCAACCUGCUGGACAAGCUGCUGCGGAGCCCAGACUCCCUGAAGACCAUCGCAGACUUCGACCCACGCAUAUCCAUCCGCCUUCCAAGCACUAGCGGCUCGGACGGUUCCCCCUUCAGGUCGGUGUCUGAGUGGCUGGAGUCCAUCAAGAUGAGUCAGUACAGUGAGAACUUCACCUGCGCUGGGGUCGUCACCAUGGACCAAGUCUUGCAGAUGAAGAAUGAGGAUAUUAAGAACAUUGGGGUGAGGCUGCCUGGCCAUUUGAAAAGAAUUGCCUACAGCAUCUUGGGUUUAAAGGACCAGACCAGCACCCUGAGUGUCUUUGCAGUGUGAUCCAGACAACGAAGGGAAUUAAAUCCGGGCACUGAAGCAGGCAGACUUUGAACUCUAAGCUGAGCUAGAGCAAAACUGCAGGCACGGCCUUGGAUCGGCAGGACCAAGAGAACUGUGCCAUCCGUUGGGGCCGACUGAAAUCAUACUGACUUAUUGUACAUUUUUGAUUUCUUCUUCUUAUCCACACGGGAAUUGAGCAAAUAUACAAAAUUAGACGUAUCAAGUAGACUGUAUAUUUUAGAUAUCUAUUUUUAUUAUCCAUAUCUUCUGUACAGUUACAAUUCAUUGCUCAUGCUUUUUUAUUUUUCCUUCAUCUCACAUUCCUGCUUCAUAAAAAUCAACAAACAAGCCAGUUCUGGGAACGGCUUCAACUUUACAAAAUUGCAGCCUGAGCGUGUCGCGUCCAGUAUCAAACAAACAAGAUAAGCACAGUCAGUGUGAUGGAGUGGGAGCAGUAGAGCCCAGCCUUGACCCAGGUUGUGGUUGGUGCUGAUGUCACGGCGUCUCCUUUUAAUUGGCACUUUGGUCCAUUUCCUGUCAGACAAACAAGGAUGGAUUGUUGACACGGCUGAAAUGAGCUUGAGCUGGCCCAAAGGUAAAGAGAUGGUCUCGCGUAGGUGCAUAAACACAGAUGGACCUGGUGUUUUUACUGGCCUUCUGCUUGCUCUGUGCAGAAAUUAAGCUAUGAUCAUAUACUUGAUGGUAUAUGAAAAGAGAGGAUAUACUGUAUAGGUACUCUUUGUAUACAGAUUACCAAAAACAUUGGGAUUACAAUUUAGAAUGUAGCACUUAGAUCCUGAAUCUCAUGAUCUCUUAGUUUGUUUCAGAAUUGCAGGAAAGGGAGAUUACACACAAAAUCCUGAAAGGAAAAAAAACUAUAUAUACUGUAUAUUAUUAUAAUUAUAAGUUUAAAUUUGAAAGCAAUCCAUCUGUUUGUAGCAUGUCGGUAAUGAAGAGAGAAAGGGUGAAGUUUACCAAAAAAUGUAAAUGCCCUGAAAAAAAGAUUUAAUGAUGAGUGAUUGUUGUGGUUGAGAUGAUUUCAUCCUACAUAAUAGUUUGGUUUGCAACUUCAAUGUCUAAUUUAGUUUUGUAGAAUUUUUUUGUACAAAUAUCCAUUCAUAUUUGUGUUGGUUUGAGUAACAUGUUGACGGGAUAUGCUUUGAUAAUUAAGAGCUCGUUCCAGACAGUCAGAGACAUUUUUGUGGAACAUUAGCGGGAGUUUGCUUUGGUCUGUUUUAAUGAAGCAGCUCUCCGGUGUAGUGGGAACUGUAUAGUGGACAGUUCCCCCAGUGCUCUUAAUUGAAGACUGCAAAUAAUUGUGUUACUGAUGUACACUUUCCUUUACUUGAAUUUCUACUGUAUUUGGAUCCACGAUUCUAUAGUAGCUGAUGGAUACAUCUUUGGAAAAGGGAUUUUUUUAUUUUGUUACUACUCUGGUUUAGUGGUUGCAAUUACAUUUUGUAUGAUUUCACUAUUAAUAGAAUACCAAACUGGUUAUUUUUUUAAGUUCACUUUCCAAAGCAAUGUCUCCUACCUUUGCUGCAUUUCCAAACAUUUUGAGAGUUCCUCCAUCAAAAAGCAAACUCUUUACUUUUUGCCUGUUGUUUUUAUACUGUAUUUAAUAGCCUAUUUAUUUUUUACUUUUAUUUAUUUAUGCUGAUAAACACUGAGCUGGGAUUAUAAUUGAAGGUUGUGCUCUCAUUCUCAAUAAUAAAAAAAAAAACUCUGUC